ACUCGGGCUUCUGCAGGCAGAGGUGCUGUGACUUCGCGGGAGUCUGGGGCGGCUUCUGGUUCCCUCGCAGCCAUCGUGUUCUCCAGCGCGAACACGUGCGCUCUGGACAGGCCUCUCCAUGGCUUGGGCACCAGUUCCCGGCUGAGCCAUUUUCUUCUCGGCUGACAGCCCCCGCCCACAGGCCGAGUCGUCGCGGCGGCGGUGGAGAUCCCAGGUCGCUCAGGCUUGCAGAUGGGUCAAGGACUCUGGAGAGUGGCCAGAAACCAUCAUCUCCAACAGGAAGCCUACAGUGAGACAGGCUACCUCAGCAGAGAACAGAGCAGGAGAGUGGCUUCAAGCAACAUUUCUCACACCAGCCACCGGAAACAAGCCCAAGGAGGCAUUGAUAUCUAUCAUCUUCUGAAGGCAAGGAAGUCUAAAGAACAGGAGGGGUUCAUAAACUUGGAAAUGCUGCCUCCUGAGCUGAGCUUCACCAUCUUAUCCUACCUGAAUGCAACUGACCUUUGCUUAGCUUCCUGUGUUUGGCAAGACCUCGCUAAUGAUGAACUUCUCUGGCAAGGGUUGUGUAAAUCUACAUGGGGUCACUGCUCUAUAUACAAUAAGAACCCACCUUUAGGAUUUUCUUUUAGAAAAUUGUAUAUGCAGCUAGAUGAGGGAAGCCUCACCUUUAAUGCCAACCCAGAGGAGCCACAGGGAACAAGAUUCUCCAAAGGACACCGUCAUGUCACGGAUAUGGGUAACCAAACUCCAUAGCAGCUGCUGGCAGUGGCUCAUGGGGUGGGGGAGAACAUCUACACAAUUUGGGAGUGAGCUACUUUAUGUCCAAGGGUAUCCUAGAUGAUUCGCCAAAGGAAAUAGCAAAAUUUAUCUUCUGUACCAGAACACUAAAUUGGAAAAAACUGAGAAUCUAUCUUGAUGAAAGGAGAGAUGUCUUGGAUGACCUUGUAACCUUGCAUAAUUUUAGAAAUCAGUUCUUGCCGAAUGCACUGAGAGAAUUUUUUCGUCAUAUUCAUGCCCCUGAAGAGCGUGGGGAGUACCUUGAAACUCUUAUAACCAAGUUCUCACAUAGGUUCUGUGCUUGCAAUCCUGACCUCAUGCGAGAACUUGGCCUUAGUCCUGAUGCUGUCUAUGUACUGUGCUACUCUUUGAUUCUACUUUCCAUUGACCUCACUAGUCCUCAUGUGAAGAAUAAAAUGUCAAAAAGAGAGUUUAUUCGAAAUACGCGCCGUGCUGCUCAGAACAUUAGUGAAGAUUUUGUAGGACACCUUUAUGACAACAUCUACCUUAUUGGCCAUGUGGCUGCAUAAAAGCACAAGUGUUCGAACUUCAACUUUUUACUCCAGACUGAGGCUACCCAGGGACAGACUUAGUGGCAGCAGGGUUGCAUCAGCACUGGUCACUCCAGUCCAGCCUGUGUGUAAAAUCCAGCUUGACUGCACCCCCCCUUUUUUGUUUCACUGUUUUCUAGUUUAGAAAUCUCAGAACUAACUAAUUUUACAGAACUUUUCUUAAUUUGCUCAUCAUGUUUGCACAAAACAGCCACUGUCUAACACAACUGUUAGAGAAUGUUAAACUGACAUAUGCUCUAUAAAUGGAGUGUUUGUGCAUUAGAUUGGUCUGGGAACUAUCCAUUUCCAUCCUUUUACAAAUACCAUGUAAUGUAUGCAUAUUUAACUGAAGAGAUUUAUAAUCAUAAUUAUUUUAUUGUAAAGAUUUUAACUAAAGGUUUUCCUUUUCUCUUGAACUGAGUUUGGAAAUUUAUUUGACUUUGAACUAAGAAUAUUGUUGGCUUUGUCAAAGUUGGAUCUGACCCUAGAAACCAAUACCAGCUUCCCAUUUCUCUGAACUUUGAAAAGAAUGUUGAUUUGUUACUAUAUUAAUAUACUAUGCAAAACUGGCCUUAUUUGUAUAACAUAUCAUUUGAUUCAUUUUUAAAACUUCUGGGUUAAUAAAGUUUCAGUAUAUCACUUAAACAUUGAGAAUAUAAAAAUGUGUCAGAAUUUAGAAGUCACAUUUAUAAACAGAAUAAAAUGUGAUUAGAACUCAAGGAGGUAUUUACUUCCUUGUUUCUGAAAUACUCAGUGUUAACUAUUUUCCUAAUCUUGAUCUCUUGAUUAGUUAACUAAUAAUGGGAUACUAUGCUGUGAAUCACAUUCUUCAAAUAUUUAUCAAGGGCUUUCUCUGUGCUGUAUCCUAUGCUCCACUACAGUACUGGUACCUGGACAUGAGUUCUGCAUUCAGAGAUGGCACAUGCUUGUGUAAUAAGGGGGAAACUGCUGAAUUUUUUUUCUCUUGUUAUUUUUUGGAGUGUGAUUCACUGAUCUCUCCCUCUGUCUACUCCCGACCUCUUUUCUGUAGCUAUCUGUGUUACCACCUGAAAUCUCCCUCCCUCUCUAUCUCCUCUCGUUCUCAAUUUGACUGUCAUUUUAAAAAAAAGUUUAAUUUCCACACUCUACAUCCUUUUUUAAAUAUAAUUUUCCAAUGGAAUUAUUCAGAUAGAAAAUAUAAGCAUUUUACAGAGAAAGCCUGAACACUCUACCUAGAUCCUACAAUCAGAGUUCCACUCUGUUCAGCAUAUAUGAACCCAUUCCUCCACCCGUCAACUCAUCUGAAUGAUUUUAAACAUAGAAAAAUUAAUUUCAAAAAUCUAUAUUCUCUGUUGCUAAGCACAUACAUUUAUAUAGCAUUGAUGAAAGGUCUACAUUUUUACCAUCUUUCACUUCCAGGUAUAAUUUACAUUUAAGAAAAUGUAAAAAUAUGUGAAUCUUUACAAAUGCCUAUCCCAUGAAAAUUAAAUUGAUAUGUCAGUUAUAUGAAGUUUCUUCCACAAUUUUAGAGUUGUUAAGUUACAAAAUCCAAAGUCUUUUUUUAACAAGCAUUAUUAAUUGAGGAAAAAAAAUAUUCUUUCAUGUUUGCCAAUAAUACAAUUUUAAAUACUUAUUUUGUAUUCAAGCCCUUUUUACAAUAAUUUUCUUUUCAAAAUGAGAACAUCUAUUCAAGUUGGAGUCACCUAGAAACCAUCAUAGUUUUAUUUGAUUUUUUUUUGUUGUUUUACUUUUAUUGAAAUAGAUUUGUCUCUCACACACUGCAUCCCAAACACAGUUUCCCCUUCGUCACUCCUCCCAGCUCCCCACACUUUCUUGUCCCCCAGGGCCACUCCCCACAUUGAUCAGAAAAGAUCAGGCCUCCAAGAGUCCACAGCCAAAUAGGACAAAACAAAAGAUAUAAAAGAAGACAAAGCACUAUGUGAGAGAACCAAGUAUGACUUGGGGAAGAAAAACAAAAUCAAUGAGAUGAUUCCUAAUGGCACUCUGGUUAUACUCAGAUCAGGGCCUUCCUUGUCCAGUUAUCAUCAGAGGCUUCCUCUGGCAGCAUAAGGGAGUGGUGCUAAGCCCCACAGCUGGGUGUUAUACACAGAGAGAGUCUUACUUGGAGUUCUCCAUCCAGGUCCUAUCAGAAGAGUGACACCAAGAGAACAUGGUCCACAGAAUCAACGAAGCAGGGUUCCUAUGGGCAAGCAAGGAGCUUGCAUGGAGCUGAGCCAAUCCUCUGCAUAUAUACAUGGAUGUUAGCUUGUAUUGUGGGACUCAUUGUUAUAUUUGAAAAUAACAUUCUUUUUGAAG